GAGUCCAAUUGUGACUGCUUUUCUAAUUCAUCGACACCAAAAAUACUGUGACAACACAAGCACCUUACCCAAAACCAACCAGCAAAAAUGGUCCGUCAAUCUGUCCUCUCUGACUGUCUUAACAACAUCGUCAAUGCUGAGCGUCGUGGACGUCGUCAAGUGAUUGUUCGUCCUUCCUCCAAGGUUAUUGUCAAGUUCUUGACCGUCAUGCAACAAAACGGUUACAUUGGCGAGUUUGAGGAGAUUGACGACCACCGUUCUGGCAAGAUUGUCAUCCAACUGAACGGCCGUAUCAACAAGUGUGGUGUCAUUUCUCCUCGCUUCAACAUCAAGCUCAAGGAUAUGGAGAAGUGGGUCAGUCAACUUCUGCCUUCUCGUCAAGUCGGUGUUGUCGUCUUGACCACCUCCCGUGGUAUCAUGUCUCACAAUGAGGCCCGUGCCAAGAACACUGGUGGUAAAAUCUUGGGCUUCUUCUACUAGGCAAUAGGCUAGUCAUAGAAGACAAAGAUUUUAAAUGAUUUGGGA